UCUGCCUACAUGUACCUAAUUCACAAGAUUUUUUUAGAUGAAUGCUGCACCAGUACCCACAUUAAUUCUUCUUCUUCAGAAAAAAAAAAUCCUAUCAUCUUAUCAUAGGUAUUCAAAAGCUCGAAAAAAGUAGCUCAAUUAAAUUUUACCAAUAAUUAUACCACUAACUUUUCGGUAUUAAAAACUAAUUAAAUUCUUCCACAAAUAAGCAAUAAGCUCCUACAAGACAAUGGCGUGCAGCUAUGCUAAAACUACCAUCAAAUGGUACCGUGGCGGGUACUGUUAACGCGACUUCUGUGAUUAGAAAGUUAAAAUCGAAAGCGUUUCUUGUGGCUGACUUCCUUUACGUAUCUACAGCAACAAACCAGUCACCUGAAGGUUAAUAAAAUAAUGUGGUGUUUUAUUUAACUGAAAAGUAAUUUUUGGUUGCACCAUUUCAGAAAUUUUUGAUAAACAUGCCAGUUAAUCUGUACUUAAAUACUAGUGCAAUAUUAGGAUGAUUCGUUCCUUGUCCUUAUGGUUUUUGUUGUUUAGUUCAGGUUUAUGUCAAGAUGACGAAGAUGGUCCAUACAAAGGUAAAUUCCUCGGUCAGCUCAAUUCGUAUCAUCAUCAAGUCUCUGGAGAUGUUUACGCCGUUGACAAGUACACAUUACUUUUAACAUCAUUCAAUUAUGAUGGAAAUGGAGCUGAUACCUUCUUCUGGGCCGGUGCAGCCAACAGACCGGGCCCUCAAGGAUUUAUCGUACCAGACGAGAACGGAAGAACGAACGUCCUUAAACGUUACUUCAACCAAGAUUUCACCUUAGUAUUGCCGGACAAGAAAAAAAUCACCGAAAUUAAAUGGUUGGCCAUCUACGAUAUUGGUUCGCAAAAUACCUUUGGUGAUAUUUAUAUACCGGAAGAAUUUGAGCCUCCUAGCACUCAAAAGAUAGCUCAGCUCACAGGUAAAAACUCUAUUAGUACUAUUUCCGUGGAAAUUGUGGAUGCCAAACAAAUUAAAAUAACCGGGUUAACCUAUGAUGGGAAAGCUACUGGAGCUUACUUUUGGGUGGGUGUUGGAACUCUCCCAGUUUCUAAAGGAUUUAAAGUUCCAGAUGAACACGGAUAUUUAGAUCCUCUUAAAUCUUACAAAAAUAAAACAUUAACUUUGGAAUUACCAGGAGAUCUGACUAUUUUCAAUAUAAAUUGGUUUAGUAUUUUCGAUCAUGAUACAAACACCAAUUUAGGGUCAAUUCUUAUACCAGAUGCUUUAAAUGUGCCUCCAUCAUUAGUAAAAAUUAUUCCUUACAAAGAUGAACUACCCAAUUGCCUCCAGCUUCACAAAAACUUUCAAGUUUCCUGGGAAAUAUUCGGUCCAGCAAUAACUAUUCAAUUGGCUGGCAUGGUCGAUGAGGAUGAAUAUUUGGCAUUUGGUAUAUCAGGAUCUCCAGAAAAAAGUCAAAUGGUUGGAGCUGACGUGGCGGUAGCUUAUAUUGAUGGUUAUCUAGGAUAUGCUACUGAUUAUAAUAUCACAGCCUUGACACCGUGUGUAAAAGUACUUGGGCAAUAUAAAGGCGUCUGUAAAGAUGAACUUGUUGGUGGCCAGAAUACUAACCAAAUGCAUAAUGCAAUACGAGAAAAUGGAAUAAAUACUAUUAAGUACAGAAGAUCCCUUAUUUCACCCGACAACGGUGACAAAGAAUUUCUAGAAGAUAGUCCAGUAUUCAUCGUAUGGGCAAUGGGUAAGCUUGACGAAAACAAGGAACCAGCCUUCCAUGACUUUUAUCCCAAAACCAACAUUAGCAUCAAGCUUAAACCAAAGGAACCGCAAAAAACUUGCUACGCUUUUACCAGGUCAGAACCGGAACUUGGAGAUCCUUGGAGCAAAGCUGAAAUAUUCGAUAAAGGAAUCAGACACUUUACCAGCACCAUUGGACCUUCUGGUGGCAAAAAAGCUUAUCAAGCCAUCACAAAUCACACUUCCACAGCAUUAGCUUGGUACAUAAACGGAUUUCUAGCUCCUGAAUUGUGGCUUCGCAGAGGUUUAUCGUACGUUUUUAAAGUUCACGGAGGUAAUAAUCCACAUAAUCCAGAAUAUUAUCAUCCAAUGAUAAUAACUGAUGAUCCACAUGGUGGAUAUGAUCGAUUAACCGAUGUGGAUCAAUCGAAAAUCCGAGUAUUGGCAGGCGUGGAAUAUUCUAGAAGAGGAAGACCAAGGCCAACAGCAUCUGGUUCACUUUGUCUAUCGAAAUACAAAGACACACAAGACAGAAGACUGGACGACGAUUUUGAAUCGUUUAAAUAUUUCAACAGAUCUCUUGAAGGUUCUUGUGAGGCUGGUGAACCUGGCCGACUGGAAUUCACACCAAAUUCUUCAUGGCCGGAUGUGGUUUACUACAAUUCAUUUACUCAGGCCAACAUGGGCUGGAAAAUUCACAUUAUCGAUAGUUUUAAUCAAAGAACUAGCAACAGUGCGACAAAUUUUUCUGAUAAAUUAAUUUUGAGUUUUUGUAUGGUGAUAAUUUAUCAUUUGCUGUGAUGAUGAAUGUUAAAAGUAGAAAAAUGUGUCUUGAAUUUUAUGAAGAAAAAAGUAUUAUGUAUAGUGGGCCAAGAAAUCCAGUCAUUGGUGAACUUUCAGAUCCAAGGAUAGAAAGAUUUACUAUGGUUAUUUAUUUUGGAUUGUAUAAUUUAUAUUUAUUAGAACCUUAAUCAUUAGCCGUGUCCUUUUUGUGAUAUGUUUGUUUUUUGUAUUUUCAUAAAUUAUUCCAUCCAUUGAUUUAUUCUUCCAUAAACACAUAUUCAAGUAUUGUUAAUAUUUGCGUUUUCUUUAUUUCUACAUAUGUACUCACCUUUAAGUCUG